AUGCUCUUUGCGCAGUUACCCCAGAUCUACAAGAAUAUAAAGUCCAGAGCCAUAUUAUUACGUCAGGCCGGGUGGCAGAUUACUGUCGCGUCCUACUAUGUCUUUGUUGAUGUAGCUCUAGUAAUCCAGUACUAUUUUUAUACCUAUCUCAAGGAUUGGCGAUUACGAAGACGUGGUGGUUAUAUGCAGGUUAGCGAUCCAGGGUUUAGCGACGGGGAUAUGUAUAAUGGCGUCGUACCCACCGAAGAGAACACCAUUUUAGGAUUAUCCCCCACCUCGAUACUCCCAUCCGAACCAAAAACUGUCACCUCGAAAAAGGACUUGGGAGUUGAUACCCCAUUAAGCAGCUCUCUGUCUCGCCCCAAUGAAAAACAACGCUCACCUCGAACCAUCUAUCGUGUUGGAGGCAGCAGCAGUAUCACUCCCUCCAGUUCGCCACGAACUAUCGUGUUUCUCUCCAUGCUAUGUGUCGUUCUGGCCAACGCGGCUGCCACUAGCCCCAGCGGGCAAAACGCCCCCAUAUUCACCCCGUCACAAACAGAUGCUAGAAAAGUUGCUGGCAAAAUUUCAUCCUGGUCGUCGACCAUUUUAUAUCUAGCAUCCCGUGUCCCACAGCUCUACAAGAACUAUGGCCGCAAGAGCACCUCGGGCCUCUCACCGCUUCUCUUCUUUGCAGCCUUCUGCGGCAAUUUCUUCUACUCAAGUUCUCUCCUCACCAAUCCCAACGCAUGGUCGGAUCUACCAGCGUACGGAGGUGGUGGAUGGGUUGGUAAAGAAGGCAACAGCAGACUCGAAUGGAUUGGACGUGCGAUACCUUUUUUCCUGGGGGCGUUUGGCGUCCUAGGCUUGGAUGGGGCGAUGGGCAUUCAGUUCAUGAUUUACACAAAGAAGAACGAAGAUGUCGAUGCCGCCACCGACCUGCAACCUGCGGGACCGGGUCAAGGUCGAGGUAGCUGGCGAAGGGUUAGUGGGUGGAUGAAGGGGUGGAUUCCAUCCGCUUCUCCGGAACUGAAAUCCCCGUCCGUGGAGACGGAGGCGCGUAUGGUAGAUGGCCAAUAUAGAUAUGGUGCGGUUUGA